UCAGGCCAGCGGCCUGAAACUGGUCCGGCCUCACUGCUGGGCCGGAGGGAUACCGCUCCACUCCCUCCCUCCCUCCCUCCCUCCCUCCCUUGCUGGCUCUUGCUUGGUCGUGAUGGCCAGACGAAGGCUAGCGGCUCCAGCACAGCGAUUCGCGCUGUUUGCCGCAGUCCAAGUGGCGGUCGUUCUUCUAGCUCUCGGCUAUGGCUGCCAGAUGGCGUCUGCUGGCCAUGCCACGGCUGAACAGCGGCUGGCGUCCGCCUUGAACUCGACCCUCACGGCGAAGGGUCCCAUUGUGGUGACCAUCACUGAGGACAUCGUACUCACGCAAGCACUGCCGUACAUGUCCGGUAGCCAUUCUAUCGUUAUCAAGGGAGCGUGCGGUAGUCGCAAAUGCGUCGUUGACGGUGCGGGCAAGUACGGCAUUUUCUCGUCGUACGGACGGAAACUGACUAUCAAAGACUUGAUCUUGCGCAAUGCUGGCGAAGGGGCUGUCAGCUCCAAGACCGACCUAAGACUGACACGUGUCGUCUUGACGGGAAACAGAGGCACCGCAGUCACGGUCGCCAAUGGCUGGAACGUGUGGCACAUCGGAGAUUGCCAUUUCGAGAACAACGACGGCUCCGCCCUUGUCCUCUCCACUUCCGGCAGUGGGAAAGUGGUCGGUACCACGUUCAGGUCCAACAGGGCGGGAGGGAAUGGUGGAGCCGUGUUGAUUGACGCACGGGCGGACAGCUACGUCUUCGAUCACGUGACCCUGGACUCGAACACGGCUGGAAAGAGUGGCGGCGGCAUCUUCAUCGAGGGGUUAUACGCGCCGUACCCUGAGAGGAUGAAGGUGCUCAUCUCGGGAUGCAAGUUCACGAAGAACGUGGCGAAGGGUGGCCCCGGCGGCGCGCUGGCAGUGGGCUCGUAUCUGGAAGCGCGCAUCUGUCGCACCUCCAUCGCCGGAGGUGGGAACACAGCAAAGGGCGGGAAAGGCAACGACGUCGCCCUGGUGUCCAGCGAUUUUCAGAAGCUUCCAACGGCCGUGUCGUUCUGUCCCAAAAAGGGUCUUUCCCUCUUCGUCGUCCCGGUUCCAAAAAUUCCGAUGGUUGAACAUCCGAUCGCUCGCGAGAACUGCGCGGUCUGCUAAUUGCCGCGCUUUUUUUCUGCUAAUUGCCGCUCGAAUUAGUGCAUGUCCUCAAGCCGUAUCACAGUAUAGAGUA